AUGUAUGAGUAUGAUUACGAUAUUUUAACUCAGAAAAAUCCAGGAACAAAAGAGUACCCCACUGAUUCAUACAGACAAAUCAGCGUAAAAGAUCUUUCUACUAAAGAGCUAGAAGAUAUCGUAAGAGGGCAAGCCAGUCCUAAAGACUCCCCUCAGUUUUCUUCCCAUCAAUCACAGAGCCCGCUCUCACGGCCUCAAAAAUCGCCCCCAAUAGAAGCAUCUUCGAAAUCCUUUGCAGGCGCAAUGAGAGCUCUCCAAGACAAAGUCCGUCUGCUUGAAAACGAAAAUUCUGACUUAAAAGAAAGGCUUAUUUUCGCUGAAACAAAAGGCCAAAAAGACCGUGAACAAUGGCAAACCAGAUGCAUUGAAGAAUUAAAGCAAGCCAGUAUAAAGGACAAAAGUAUGCAAAACAGAGUUAUUGAGCUUGAAGAAGAGCUUAGAAAGCACCUGCAAAGAGUUUUAGUACUAGAAGAACAAUUAAAAAUCAAGGAAACACAAAUUAGGCACUGUGAAAACGAAAUUAAAAGGAAUGUUGACCAAUAUGUGAUUGAUAAAGAAAAUAAUGCACUUCAGAUGGAACAUCUGCAGAAGCAGCUAGUAGGAAAGUCAAAUGAAGAAAAAAAUCUGAAACUUGCUUUAGAAAAGGCUGAGAGAGAUAUAAUUACUUAUAAUGAAUAUAAACAUUUUUAAUAAUGAUAAGCAGAAAAUAGUUUAUUAAUUCGGAAAAGCAUAAAAGCUUGGCUAUUGAAGAAUUAGCUCAGGAAAAAAGGAUUUCAAGUGGGCUGAAAUCUGAAGUCCAGUAUUUAAGAGAAAAUUCAAGCUCCCAAAGGUCAAAUCUUCAAAAAAAUUUUGAAAUCAUUGAGAGUGAGUUGAGACGACAGAAUCAAGAGUUUUCUCAAAAAGCGAAAGAAUUAGAAAUCAAGGUAAAAAGUUUGAAAGAGCAAAAUACAAAUCAAGCUCAGCAGAUUGAGUAUUUAAAAAAAGAAAAUCAAGAUCUGCAAGCGGGCAAUAAAAUUUCUGAGGACUCUAGAUUAGAACUUAUAAAAACGAAACCAGCAGACGAUUCAGUGCUUUCUCAUAAAAGAGUUCCAAGAAAAACAAAUAAAAAUCCGAAAUUAUCAGUUACAUUAAAAUCAAAAUCCCCUACACCUUACUCAAAAUCUCUUUUAUCUGAGCCAAGCAGAUCAGCAAAGCGUGGUACUCAAAAAAAAUCCUUACCCUUCCCUGUUAGAGAUCAAAAUUUUUGCUCAGAGAGGCUAAUUAUUUUUAUGAAAUUCAAAAACACCAAUUUGCUCAAGAAUAUAACUUUUUUUAGAUUGCAAUUUGCUUAAAAUGUAACAGAAUCUGUAGAGACUGCAUUAUAAUAAUACCAAAAAAUAUUUUAUACUAAAAUUUUUUUUAUUAAAAACAUUUUUCAUCAUGCAAGAGCCAAUUUUUAUAUUUUCCAGUAAUUUUGGUUGCUCAUUAUAGAGGCGUUAGUAGAAAGAAGUCUAUCUCAAAUAGUCGUUGAUAAACCUGACAAAGAAGAAGAUCACCAAGCCGAAAUAGAAGAAGUCGAACAAGAAAUUUCUAAUUUAAACCUCAAAUACAAAAGACUGCUUCAGCAUUCUCAAGAAGCCACUGGAGACCUUGGGACUCUAAGAAAAGAACUAUCAACCCUAGCAUCGGACAUGGAAAAGAAAAAUGACGAUCUAUACGAGCUUAAAAGAAAGCAACAAGCCAUCCUGAAACAGAAGCUAUUUUAA